AGACAAAGGGUUAAAGACCCAGUCAGCAGAUGUGGGCCAGACUGGGGAGAGGGAACACCCAGCUGAGAAUUGAAUCUUUUCCUGUCAGUGUUGUAGACUAGAUUGGGACAGGGAUAGAGAGAGAGAGAACACACACUCAGAGAACGAUGGAGAUUUCAAAUAAGCUGUUGUCCACACAGUGCUGCUCCUACUUACUGGCUCUGCUCUUCUCCCUGUUCGUGGUGGUGCCCCUGGCAGAGAACGGACGAGAAUUCAAAGGGAGAUGCCUGCUCUUCAGCCGGGCCUUCUGGAGGGAGGAGAACAGCACCGGCUCGCUCAUCAAUCGUUUUGUGGUGGAGGAGUGGGGGCCCUCGGCUGCCUGUCAGUUCUGCACCUUUGUGGGAUUCUUCACCCUCAUCUUCUGCGCUGUGCAGGCCUGGAGGACCCUGUUCUACCUCUGCAAGGGGCAUGAUGACACGUUCUUCUCGGCUUUUCUGAACCUGCUGCUGAGCUGCUCGGUGUUGUUCCUCACCAUUGUAGCCUGUGUGAUGAUCAGCGUGGGUUUCAACAUCUGGUGUGAUGUGGUCACCAACCACGGCAGUAUGCCCAUGAGUUGUGAGGAGAUCCAGUCGGUGAAUCUCCACCUCGAUGUCGACACGUCUGCCUUUUACAUCCACUUCAGGAUUGCGCAGUUUGGCCUGUGGAGUAUUUGGACCAUUUGGGUGCUGCUGGGUGUGCUGGCCUUCCUGAAGGUUUACCGCAACUACAAACGCAAAGAGCUAGCUCGCUGCCUGUCGCGGGAGAAGGAACUACUCCUUGACCGCUCGCUGCACGGCCGGCCCCUGUCCCAGGAGCAGGCUGACCUCCCCAGCGUCUUCAUCUGAGGUGUCUGCUCCCUGUGGGUCAUCGCCGGGCAGAGACGCAAACUCCGCAGGCCAUGCACCCUAGACAAGCCCGGAGCCUCGGGCCUCUAUAAAUAGCCUUUCAUGGGAAUAGACAAGUCAGUGAUCCCUGCCCUGUUCAGGCACAAGGGGCUGGGGAGUUAACCACUUUUGUUUGCAAUUUGCAGUCUGUUGCUUCAUGGGCCUCUCCAGAAUUCUGCCGUGCCCAGCACCUACACCAUGUCACCUCGAGCGCUUGUCAUCGGCGUUUUGGUUUCUUAAUCCUCGGAUUUUAUUUGCCCCUUGCCCCCCCAUCCUAUGCUCCCACCGCCCAUGAAUGUGAACAUGAUGUUCAACUGUUGGGGGGUGUGUGUGUGUUUCACAAUCCAGUCAGCUUCUGACGCAUGCUUCUGCCCCUCACUCUUUCUCUGGGGGAGAUGGUGGGGGGGGGGUGGAGUUGGCCAUGUGAUGUUUGACCUGGUAAUUCCCCCCUAACUUCAUUUCUCCAGGGUUAGGACUACCUGUAGAAACACCACUUCCCCACCCACCCAUCCCCGACAUCAUUUCUUCUCGUGCUGGUGGGGGGUGAAGGGGGAAUGGGGGCAACUGUGGGGCAGAAGGCAGGCUAAGUGUACCAAAUUCAGUGAACCUCACCCCAGGAAGUACCUGUGCAUGGACCACGGGACAGGUUUCGCAAUUAGGUUUAUGCCUGCGAUUCCUGCUGUAGCUGAACAGCCACCAUUGCCUUGGGCUGGGUCGCUGGAACUGACUUGACACCUUCAGGCAGGGAAGGAAAGGCGGUGGUUUGUGGUUGAGGCAGGGACAGGCAUCCCGCCUUCAACCUCUGAAAGCUGUGAAGUCAGAAACUGCGCAGGAUGGAUUCAGAGUGUAUUUGGGAAAACCAAUGAGAAUUUGUGGGAAUAAAAUUCAGGAGAGAUGUAAUACCAACUCCCUAUAGCACAGUCACGGAUAAAGGUCCAGCUCUACCUUGUGUGUAUUAUUCACUUGAGUUUUUAAGUUAUUUUCAUUGUAAACAGUGUUAUUUGUUCAGCAAUCUAUUACUGAUCUGUGUUUGUAUUUAUUAAACAAUAAAUAUGAGA